GUACCCAUGAAUCAAACAAAUUAUUUAACACCUUAUUGUCGUCGUUCAUUAUCAAAUGAUGAUAUAAAUGAAAUAGAAGGAUCUAUAGAAAAUCGCUAUACAUUUAAAAAUUUAAGUUUACAAGGAAUUACUAGUGAAGAUCUUCUUCAAUGUAUUUCUAUUGAAUCAUUUGGUGAUUAUGUAGUUUCAUCAUUUCAAAAUCGUAAACAAUAUGAAAAAAAACUAUUGAUACACACUUGUUAUCCAUAUUUAUCUGAAUGUUACCGUGGUCCUGAACCAAUGUGUUUAGAUUGGCGUGAAAUAUGUGAUGGAAAAAUUGAUUGUAUUGAAGGUGAUUUUGGUGUAGAUGAAAAAUAUUGUCAUGAAUUGGAAGUAACGGAAUGUAAUAAUGAAAAUGAAUAUCGUUGUCAUAAUGGAGCACAAUGUAUUCCUUUAGAAUUUUAUCGUGAUGGUUUCACUAGUCGGGAUUGUUUAGAUGGAACAGAUGAAGUUCCACAAUUUCUGGGAUAUAUUAAUCAUCCUGAUCCACCUGCUUUUAACUGUAUAGACAAGAUAAUAUUUGCCUGUGAAGACACAACAUGUCGUUAUUCAGGAUAUUUUUCAUGUGGUGAUGGGGAGUGCAUAUAUAACUAUGGUACUGUUUUUAACAUUGUUGGUCGUGAUAUUCCUAGUUGUGUUGGUACAAGUCGUGAUAUCUAUUAUAGUCGAACUAUUGGCAUGUCUGCUAAACAAUAUCCAAUCGAUUGUUAUAAAUUAUUAUUUUGUAAACUUGGUUUUUAUAAUUAUAUUCAAAAUGACCUAUUUACUGAACGGGAUUGUUUAUCUAGCAAUUGGUCAUCAACAAUUAAUUGCACAAUAGAAUAUUUGUCGUUUCCUCUUCAACCUCUUGUCUAUGGUUAUUUUCAGCCUGUCUGUUUAACGAAAAAUUUAAUGGAUCGUUUCGGUGAUAAAAUACCACCAA